AUGGCCUGCUGCACCACCAGCUUCUGUGGGUUUCCCAGCUGUUCCUGCGGCACCUGUGGCCCCAGCUGCUGCCAGACCAGCUGCUGCCAGCCAACCUGUUGCCAGACCAGCUGCUGCCAGCCCAGCUGCUGCCAGACCAGUUGCUGCCAGCCAACCAGCUGCUGCCAGACCAGCUGCUGCCAGCCAACCUGCUGCCAGACCAGCUGCUGCCAGCCAACCAGCUGCUGUGGAACGGGCUGUGGGACCGGCUGUGGAACCGGCUGUGGCACUGGCUGUGGCCAGGCUGGUGGCUGUGGAGCUAUGAGCUGCCGCACCAGGUGGUGCCGCCCUGACUGCCGCGUGGAGGACACCUGCUUGCCCCCCUGCUGUGUGGUGAGCUGCACCCCCCCAACCUGCUGCCAGCUGCACCAUGCCCAGGCCUCCUGCUGCCGCCCAUCCUACUGUGGACAGUCUGCCUGCCGUCCAGCCUGCUGCUGCUACUGCUGCCAGCCCACCUGCUGUGAGCCCACUUGCUGCCAGCCCACCUGCUGUGAGCCCACCUGUUGA